AUGGCUGGGUGUUCACCAUCUAUACUCUUCUGCUGCCACUUCAGAGGGCUGGGCUGCAUGUCCCUCAAAGACACCGUGUGCACCUCCAAUCGCUGCCACGCACUCAAGAUCAAAUGCUCAGGCAGACAGUCCUGCUCCAGAUGUCGGCAGACUGAAUGCGGGGAAUCCUGUCAAUAUGCUGUGCGCGAUAAGAAGCUCAAAGUUCAGGAAAGCUACAUCGACGAGAUUCUCUCCGAAAACUCACAGCUAAAUGAAAUACUACGCGCUCUCAGCACCCCUCAAGUCUCUCCCUCCGCGUCGGUACAAGCCUCUGUGCCGUCAUCAGACGCCUACCCCUCAUACACCCCCGAGUCUUCCCUGCUCGAAGGCGCAACGCAGUGGCCUGGGCUCGCCCAAGCUCGCCUACUGAUCGGCACCGCUUUCAAUCAGCUGAGUCGUGUUUACCAUCUGGUCCUUCGCAAGUUCACUCUCGAGCAGCCGGAGUCUGUCUAUCGAAUCCCUACGCUGCGAGAUGAUCCCGCCAUAAUAUGCAAAUUCUUUGGUCUCUUUGCCCUGGGGGGGAUCUACUCCUCUCGACCAAAUGCGUCACCCACUAGUCGAGUGCCAGGGACGAGUUAUCACGCCCGGGCAAUGAGUCCUAUACCUAUCAUGCCAGAGCGACCGGGUUUGGUACACUCUUUAUUCUCCUAUUUCCUCAACAGAAGAUACUUGGGAUACGUGUUAAUCGGUAGUGCGAUGCGCUUAGGUUUGAUUCUUGGACUGAACCAUAACAUUCCCGCGCAACAGUGUGUGAAUCCUAUAAAACGUGAAAACAGGGUGCGACUUUGGUGGGCUAUCUAUGUAUUCGACCGAAUGUUCACGUCCAAAAUUGGGUUCCCAUUGCAGAUCCGCAAUGAAGAUAUCCAUGUCGACCUGCCAACAGAGAUCGCCGACCCCACUGCCCAGGAGCAGUUCUCGGACAGUGCAAACCUAGUGGGUACCAUCCGAUCUUCACGCAUUAUUGGACAGACAGUCGACAAGAUCUACGGCCGAAAGCACCAUGCAGAACCAUUCCUGCAACGAGAACAGCGGCUGUUACUUGCCCUACAAGAUUGGCUGCAGUCGCUUCCAGUACAUGUGCGCUUACGUCCGGAUGACAGCGCACCUCCCAAGCACAUCUUCUCCCUGCAUCUACAGUUCAAUCAGUGUGUCAUUCUAGCCACCCGUCCCAUCUUACUUCACGCUCUAUUCCAGAGCGGUCACCGAGAAGACGCCGAAGACCUCCCGCAGCCCGUGAUUACAAUUAGCGACGCAUGCACCCACGCUGCACGGCACUCACAUUCCCUGAUCAUUGAGGAAUGGGUCAAUGGCUCUCUGCCUAUGCAUGGCUACUUCUAUACUCAGUAUCUAUUUUCAUCCUGCAUCGCGCUGGUGAUCUCAGGGCUUCUUCCCUCACUUGGAAAUCCGGCGGACCUGGAGGCUUUGGAAACAGCCACUGAGAUUCUGCACCGGAUGGGCGACCACGGCAAUCUUGCCGCUGCAGAAUUCUAUGAGAAUAUCAAACGCGUCAAGCAGGCAUUACCAGCUGAUCUAACUGACAUGCACGAGGGUCAAGAGCCCCGUAGUCAUACUCCGUGGCUAUCCAUCCCGUCAGCCCUAACCACGGCAGCGGAUACGGAGUUGGAGACGCACAACGCCGGCAUAUUGUCCGCUUCGAAUUCUGCGACGGAGAUGGCGUUCCUGGAACCGACGAUGCAGGACUUCCUUGGCACGUCGGACUACAACAUGGAUUUGAUCAACCCGAGCGAUCUAUUGGUAGAAGGUACAGAUAAUAUCAAUCUGUGGCCUGGUAUCUUGUGGACUUCUUGAGGAUGCUGCGUUGCUUAGAAUUCUCCAUUAUCAUUCUCUAGGCAUACACGCUAUGGGCACACCAGGCUUCGCGCAUGCCAUACU